UGUCGUUUGUCGAGCAUUGAGCGUGGUCUCGGGGAUUCUGUUGUGACAGUGCUCCCUGUUGCAGGAUUCACUGGAUGCAGGUCAGGAGAUAUAUGUGUCUUUAGACCUGAUAUGGAGACCUGAAUUCCUGGAUAGAUCUGUGUGGUUGUCCUUGUCGGGUUUAAGGACUUGAAGCUAUGAUUUCUAUUGACAUUAUGGACAGGUUGCCCUUCAGUACGGACAAACUCAAGCAGUCAGCGCCAUGUGCCUUGAAAAUAGCUGGUGCUCUUUUCUCAUUAAUUGGCAUCGCUGCGUCCAUACGCUGGGCAACGUCCUCCUCACACAUUCCGCAACUCAACGACGUCCCAAACAGCGGAUGUAGUUCUUCAUCCACUGACGGUUGCCCAUGGCAACACGUGAUAUCAGACUUAGCCAAUCGUCUGCAGUUACUCGAGAUGGCAUUCAAAGAACAAGUGGUUGCCAGGGAAACAAUAGUUAAAGAAGUCAGUAACCAGUCCGAUGUGAAUUCUUCGCUGGAAAAAAAAUUAACAUUAUUUCUUCAGCGAUUGUCACAACUGGAUUCUCAUAUACACAGAUUGGAGACCAGACUUGAGGAGCUGACAAACAGACUGCAUUCUGAUGGUAGGCAAUCGCUGGGAUUCUUAGUCAUAGUGAUGAUAAUAGUAGAAGUGAUGCUGCGACUUCAUCCAGAGGUUCAGAAGCUGAAUCCAUUCGAAGAUUUUCAGAGAUGGGACAAACUGCACUCAGAAAGUAGAAAAGAGACUUCGUCUGUUUCCAAGGUCAACUUUUCGCCCAAACACGGAGGGCUAUCCCUGAAGAACGAGCUGUGUGUGGUGUUGUUCAAACGUGAAAACAACAACAUCGUUGCGACUCUGAUAGAAACCAUCCUGAAACAGCUGGAUGACGUGAAGCUGUCCGUCAAGCCUCACUACAUGAUAGGGUCGGAACACCUCAAGUCCAUUCCCAGAGUCAAAGCUGUUUCUGGUGUGUCCGAGAUGGAGGACAAGGGUCUCAAAAUAAUUCUCAUAAUGGCAAACGACGAAGGUUCCAAAAAGUUGACAGCGCACAACAUGUACAACACCAGUUUACGUCUCGUCCAAUCACACGAAGUGUUACAAGAGUUGGCGUCCACCGGAAGAGUGUUCAGCAUUUGGCGCGAGCUGACGUCACAUCAACUAAGUCAUCUCAGGAAAAUCAUGCGUUCAGUAUUAAAUAUAAAGACAAGCAUACGGUGA